AUGUCGUUGGAAAGGCUUGGUCGCAAAUCGUACAUUAGCCAGAGAGGCUUGGCUGAUGUUCUCACCGACCUGAAGGAAUCCAAGCAGCCUUUGACGGCCACCUCGCGACAGUCCAUCAAGCGAGCCCGAGACAAGGUGAUCACACAGACCACUCCAUAUGGACCCGUCUGGGAGACUUUGCGCUUGCCCCGUGUUCCUGAUGGCAAAGAGUCUAACAAUGGCAUCGAUGUGCCGGUGCUUUGUUUGCCUGCAUUCCUUCAUCAUGCAUGUGCAAAACUCACUGGCUUCUCCCAGUUCUUUCUGCGACGGUUGCAAGAGUGCCCGUGCCGGUCGCCCAACGAAGCUUGGCGGGCCGCAAUCUAUAAUGAUGAAGUUGCACCCGGCAAUCAGCUGAAGGGAAACAACAGCAGGAAAAUUCAGGUCUGGUAUAUGGCAUGGCUUGAAUACGGCCAAGACCAUCUUUUCUACGAAGAGCUUUGGAUGCCUUUGCUCAUGAUCCGGAGCAAUCUGGUGAAACUUGUAGAAGGAGGGCUGUCAGCAGUGACAGCCAGGCUUGUGCAACAUUCAUUUCGUGGUGUGCACAAUUUGGAGAGCGGCAUCCUUCUUUCUUUUCCCGGACACGAGGACAGCCGAAUGUUCUUCGGCAAGCCAACUGUUCUGCUAGCAGACGAAAGCGCCCUCAAGCACAUGCUAGACACGAAAGGUGCAUCGGGCACAGUCCCAUGCACUUUUUGUGCCAAUGUUGUCAGCAAGCGGACAGAAGGGGACUCCGACGAUUUGCUGACGAUCUGCAGCACAGACGUGGCCCGCUUCAGAAUGCGGAGUGACGAGGCUUUGUUCAAGGCUGCAGAACACCUCGUGGACCAAAGCACGAAGCUAUCGAAUGCGAAGCUGGCCGAACUUGAACAAGCCAUGGGCUUGAACACCAAUCAGUUUGGCCUUCUCGCAACCCGAUCCCUGGGAGCAUCCAGUUGCAUGUUCGACUGGAUGCACAUCUAUUUAGUGCAUGGAGUAGCUCAUGCAGAAGUAAAUUGCAUCCUGGAGCGAAUGGUGGCUGUUAAGAUUCCGAGCACACAGCUGCACGACUUCUGUGAUGGCCUGCAAUUUCCCAAAGCUGAUGCCUGGAAGAAAAAGGAGGUCAUGAGCAUGUUCACUUCCAAGAAGAUCAGUCCAGGCGACUUCAAGGCUGCAGCCAGCACGUGCUUGUGUUUCUAUCCCUUGCUGCGAUUGUUCUUCAUGUCCACACCAGAAAUCGUGGCAAGGAUGACAGAGGAGGAGGCCAGAAGUUACUCGCAUCUGUGUGCUGUGCUGGACUAUCUCGCCCAAGCAAACAGGGGCGAGACACGGUUGCAGGCAGGGAAGCUGCAAACCUUGAUCCAAACGCAUUGCGAGCACUUCGUCAGAACAUACGGGGAAGGGCCGAUCACCCCCAAGUUUCACAUGACGAUGCAUUUACCCUUCAUGCUGAAGAAAUUCGACCAGUUGGUGGCAUGCUUCACUCACGAGCGGAAGCAUAAACAUAUCAAAAGAAUCGGCGACCAGCUGCAUUCCUCCCAGCUGGCCUUCGAGGCCAGUGUGGCUCACGACAUCUGGUUCGACCAUUUCCAGGACUAUGCCGACUUGAGCUUGGACAAUGGCCCUGCACUGGUUGGCAGGGACAAAGCUGCAGAGCCAAUCCUAAAGCAUGAGCUGCUCAAGGUAUUCGGCAUCGCCGAUGCAGAUGUGCACCCGAGCCAAAAGUGCUGCAUCAAGCCUGGCACAACCAUUGCACGAGGAGAUGUGGUGGUGAUGCAUGGUGAUGUCGUGGGGGAGCUGUGGCUCAACUUCCGACUGCAUGGCGAGCACUGGCGCAUAGUCAGUAUCUACGAAGCGAUGGGCCGCAAUGUCUUUGCUGUCGCGGAAAACCCGCUUUUUGUGAAGGUUUCCAGUGUUCGCUCGGCAUGCAUCUUCCGCAGGGAGGGGCAUGACAAGGUCAGGAUCGUGCCGUGA